AUGUUCGGACCUACUCCCUCACUGAGUCUACACCGCUUGAGCAGGCAUAGCAUCCAGGAUCGAUACGAGUCAGAUGAGGAGGCUGUGUCGGAAUCCGACACAGGCACCCAGGAUCUACUGUCCUCGCCUGUGGGCUCACGAGUCGGAAUCUUCGAUUCAGAUCUCAGCGCCGACGAGAAUUCUCACAAUGACCCUGAUUCUGAUCGGGAUGAACGUAUUCUCGCUCCGCCAGCAGUGAAACGGCCCCGGCCCGUCUCUUCUGCUACCAUCAAGAGAAACAGCAAUGCCACCUUCGACGAAGAUACGUAUGUGUUUGAUCUGGAAGAUCAGAUGUUUCUCGAACUGCCACCCUCAGAUUCUCCGCCACAACUGGCAUCCAGCACUUUUUUACAGCCAUCGAUAUACGUCUGGCCCAAACCACCCCAGCCAUCUAACCCAAGGUCUCGCUCUGCUUCACCCUCGUCGGUCUUUUCCGUAGAGGAAGCGGACAUCCGGGUUGCAAAGGAGGUGACUAUAAUGGAGCCCCGGACUCGUCCUACAGUGGUCUUGAUCAAAGCCCUAGGCCCACGGUCCAAGACCUCAAAAUCUCGUCCUCAUUCCCGCUCCAGGGAAAGCAGCCGCAGCCGCUCUAUGCUUGCCAGGACCGAUAGCCGCCGACUUAAACUGCCACGCUCGUCAGACCCAGCCAAGUCACCACGAGCAUCCGAGAAAAGAGCCACCACGAAGCAGGCGCCCAAGUCAGCAGAAGAUCCCCAGCUCGCACCCAGCGCAACCAUAAACCGCAUCUCUGAAAUCCCCCACCUCUACUUCCCAGCACCACCACGCACCCUCCCAGCCCAAGACUACCGAACCCGACCACGAACUCAAGGCUCCGACAAAGCAAUGCCUCCACCACCACUGAACCUGCACGUCCACCGACCCCCCUCAAUGCGCAGUACAAGCAGCAACAGCGUCUCCACUUACACCUCCCGCCCAACAACACCCUUCUCCGCCGACGGCAAACCCAACAAUUACAACUACAUCGACGCACCCUCCCCCCUCACCAGAGCCUGCAGUCCGGCCUCAAUCCCACCAACGCCCUCAUCGCCAUACUUGUCCAAGCGCAGCGGGUCCUCGACAUACAGCGUGUCGAAUAUGCUCACAAGCCGCUCGCCUCUGAUGAUGCGUCGCAUGACGAGGAAACACUCCGCCUCCAGCGUUUACUCGCUAAGCAGUCUGCGCUCCGAGGUCGGCGUUAACGGUCCUUCUUCCUCGCAGAUCUCUGUCGCAACACAACCCACCCCGCCUCCCACUGCUGACAGCCAUGUCGUGCGCAAGUCCAGUCAGCGUGGCCAUGCGCGGCAUAAUAGUGUCCUGCCGAGUGGGAGGGGCUUUAUGGGAUUGAAGCUGGGAAAGAAGUCGCAUAAGGCUUAG